UUUGACGCCAUUUAAACUCAUGGGGGUGGAAAAAAAAAGGACACGAUCAUCGAUGUAUGUGUUGAUGUACUUCUCAAAGACAAUGUCAACAACCAACGGUCUUCCGAACUGUCCUGUGCCUUCUGCGUGCAGAGCCCAGAUGAAGGAUGGCGCAGGAUAGAAGGCGAGAACAAACGGAUUUUCUCAACCUGUCUGAAAGCAAAUGGCGUUUAAUGCGACCAUGGGCCUCACAAGCAGCGAAAUAGCGAUAAUAACUUGCUCGGGUAUUCUGACAUUGGUGGCAGUGGUGGUCAAUAUGAUCACUAUCAUCUACUACUCCUCCAAGCAUUUGUUAAGAUAUGUCCACAGCUUCCUCAUUUUUAACCUGGCGGUGUGCGACAUCCUGCUGGCGAUCUGUCUUUUCAGCCUCCACCUACACGUUGCGACGUUAAGGGACGAUUCAAGGUGCAUGCCGGUGGUCAGCAGCCUGAGUGCUAUGCAGCUGGAACAGUCUCUUCUCCUCUUCCUCAUCAUCUGGGACCGCAUUGUGCUCGUUAAACAAGGCAAUUCUUACCACAAAAUACUCGCCAUACCAUGGAUCAAACUCAAGGUUUUCAUCACCUGGUGUAUCUCCAUUGGAUUAGGUAUUGUCGAUGCCCUCCUCGUCAAAACCGGUUCCAGAUUGUCCAACGAAUACUGCCUCUACCCAAAAUCACUCGUCGACUUCGUGCACAUAAUCAUCGUCUUCAUCCUCCUGUCCUGUCUGGGGCUCAGCAUCCACCUGGGGAUGAGGAUCAAAAAGCUGCGGACCUCUUCCUUGUCCGAACCAUCGGGUAGCCGAAAAGGUUCCCUCCCCAUCAAAGCCCGUGAGGAUAUCAAUUGGAAUGAUUAUCUACUGAAUGAGCCCAAGAAGCCAAAAAGCCCGAAACUCCAGGAGCAGCAAGUCGUGCUUGGAAACCAGCCAGGGGUUGCUGGUGUCCAGCUGGGAACCCCGUCACCGACAAGCCAGAGGCUCAGUGGAGGGUUGCGAGAAGGCACCGUCGCACCCCUCCGGAGCACGAUUCCGGAGGAUGAACCCUCUGGCGAAGUAGACGACGCAGAACAUACCAAGACUGACAAUUCGCUUCCCUACACCAAGAAAGCGCAGAGUGUGAAAAAGGGUAAAGUUGCUCCCUUGAAGGGUGAUCUGGAAACUCCCCUUUCGUCCGCGGCUUCCAUGGAAGGGGUUGAUAAAAAAAAAAUCCGAUCAAUCUUUCCCGUCAGGUUCAGAGUAGGCCAGAGUUCAGACGAAGGCACCAUUCAGGGUAUACCCAGAGGAAGGUGGCCCACGCGGCCCGAGCAGUCCUUGCUGCCGACGAUUCUGCGAUGGUUGACAAGUUCGGGGCAGCGGGAAGUGUAUGGCGUCUUGGAAAUCACCUUGCUGAUACUCGUGCAAAUGAUCUUCGUCAUGCCACAGUCACUAAACGCUGUGUUUUUCUCCGUCGGCAUCGACCAGGACCCCAGAAUCCAUUUCUACUUGCAGUGGCUUGUCUUCGGACCUGUCAUCAUCACCGCUUGUUUAUAUGCCCCCACCACUUUGUGCGACAGCUGCUGUUCGCAUGAAGAACCAGGUAAUAAGCCAGAAAAGAGUAUAAGUUCAAUAUAAGCCCAAAAUGGCGUCAGCAACGUUGGAUACCCCUUCUCCAGUCUCGCUCUCUUCAACUCCUAUCCUAAGGGCGUGAAAGGUUGCUGUACCAACGAUGGUGAUGAUGAUGAUAUCACCUACAACUGACAAUAAGUCGGGAUCUCAAGUUUCAAUUACAAGCAAUGAAGAUGGUACAAGUAAGGUUCUCCUGAUCCCAUUUAUUCCCGAAGAGGUUAAAAUACGAAAUAUAUCCGGUUCAAGUCACAUCCAUGCUACACAGACACACAGAGGAUGUGACGUCAAUAUACGUUAUACCGUGCUGCUGGUAAGACAUUUGAAAUUUGCUACAAGAAAUUACUAAUUGGAUAGAUCAUGAUUUCUGCAUGUUUCUACGACAAGCUGAUGAUGACGACGAUGACGCAAAUAAUGUUCCUUGGAAAUGUCAACUUAAUAUAAAUAUUUCUUUACGUGAAAAAUCUGAAACUGAUGACCAACUGCAAAAAUAAGAAAAUAUUGUCUCUAGGAAGUGUUGAACUCGUAGAACGACAAAUGCUGCAAGUAAACUGACCUGCAACUGACAAGUCUGAGAAACUGGAAUAUGCAGAUGACUUCAAUGAUAUUGUUGCUGGGAUUUUAUAUGGUUUUUUUUUUUUUUCAUAGCGAGCUGCAGUGGGCACAGCGCAGUAAGUGAUUGUAUUGACAGAAUCAAUCUGAAGGUGCUGCAUAUAAACCAGACUGCCCCCAAUCACGUCUACACAUUUUUUUUUUUUUUUUGAAUGUUAUUGGAGGUGCUUUUCUAGCCACACAACGGAGAAGUAGUAGGUUAGUAAUUUGUUGCAGCCAGUGUCUCAACUGGUCUACUACUCGAAGCACCACUGAAGAGAUCAUAAAGGCCUAGGGAAAGCGGGUACAGCACACACACAGAUUUGCACCUAGAGUAUCCUUCUCGCCAUGGUACUAGCGCGCAUUAAAAUUCUUCUGAAAGGAAGACAUUCUGCGACGUCCCUUUUCUCCAAUCCCCGUCUCCCUACAAUUUUCCAGUCAAAUCGAAACUGUGACGGUCGGAAAGAUACAAUAUAGACUGCAUGAGUGUAAAAGGGAAUACCAAAGUCUUUCCAUGAUCGUAUACCUACAAUUGGUGAUUAGAAUAUGUUUUGUUUUGAGACUGACGAGUUUUCGUUUUGUUUUCAUCUUUU